GAAAAACCUUUUUACUACUCGCGAGUACCAGAAGUGCCGCAUUUUUGCAAUAUGUGUCUGCACUUUCAGGUCGUGGCUUGCCGUUUUUUUCUUGAAUAGAUCCAAAGAACCCAACAACCGAAAAUGGCAGCCAAACUGCUCGCGGAGCAGGAAGAGGAGGAGCCGCCUCCGAACAAGGACACGCGGCCCCCGCGCCCCGAUGAUGGGCUUUCCCUGAGCAGCAUCUUCAACCAAACCAGCAGUUCGUCUAAUCGGCUGACGGGCGGCCGCCGCACGAACACCAACACGGCCAGCAGCUUCGGCGGUUUCGGCGGCGUGAAGAAUUUUGCCGACGUCAGCGGCCUGAGCCACCCGAUCGCCGAGGCACCGAUGCUGGCCACGUGGAACGAGGAAAUUUUGCAAAAAUACGUCCACGACAACGCCGCAACUUCCGGGGAGGAGGACGAGGAGGAACAAACCGUGCCGAAGAACAAAGUGACCGCCCACUAUUUAGCUCGAAGGCAAAAAUUCUCGAUCACCGGGAAUGCCGCGGCCGUGGCGUCCCGGCGCGUGGGGGCCAACAUGCCGAAGAUCAUGCCCACGAUUAAUUUAAACGCUUCUGAAAACGUAUUGACGCCGCACAGUCCGUCGGAGAACAAAAUGGUUUUCGACCCGGUCCGGCCCUUCGUUCCAGUCACGCACCGGCAGAUUCUGUUCAAAAAUUUGGAAAAAGAGCGGCGCAAACCGCUGCUGCGCGACAACCCCGACGUCGUGGAACAGGAGAUGAACGCCCGGUAUUCCGAGGCGCACCGCUGGAUCGGCCGGGUGAAAUCCUUCAACCACGUGAUUUCCGACCCGAUCCACGUGUCCGCGCCGUUACCCGAGUUGUCCGAGGCCGAGAACCAGAACGCCGUCAAGUACUACUACCAGAGCCUGCGCGCGCAGGAGGAAGUGCUGAAAGACCAGGCGUGGAGCAAAUUCCACAACGCGGAGCGGAACAAGCAGACGCUGCUGGACACGGGCGGCGACCUGAUGAAGCAGCAGGUGGUGCACGAGCAGCUCUUCCACCCGAUCCACAACCCGCCCAACAUGUGCACGGUGUACACGAAAACUUCGUGUCGCGCCUGGGACACCUUGCCCUUUCUCCCCGCCUACCAGGCGGAGCUGCGCCACUCGCUGCCGCACAAGUGGCCCUUUCCGGAGUUGGACGAGGACGAUUUGAAGCACCGCCCGCUUUGGUUCACGGAUUCCGAGGCGUCGAUCCUGUUUGAGGUGCUGGCCAGCUACGCGGAGCUGUGGAUCGCGCCAAAAGCCCGGGAAAACGCGGCCCGCAACCCCAACAUGCUGCAGACGCGCAACAUACUGAAAUCGCCGCAAAACCCGCACGUGAAGUCGCAGCCAAAUUCCGCGCGUAGCUCCUCGGCCAGUAGCGCCGCGGGAGGUCUUGACAGCACGGAGCAGCUGAUUUUAUACCGUCCGGCUUACGCGAGGAUCAUGGCCACCAUCCAGCCGUUUUUUCGGUGCGCCAACUACCGGCUCAUGAUCCAUUUGUGCGACUACCACGCCACCCCUCUGAAGGACACGAACGCGAUGCAGUUUGAGUGCGGAUUGCAGGCCCGACAGUGGGUCCGCGUGUUCGCGCUUCUGAUGCGGUUCGAGCUGGAUUCGCUGCUGCGGUGCGGGGUUUUCGAAGCCUCCGAAGACUCGGUGAAAGCCGUGCUGUUUGACAAAUGCAUCCCCGCGCUGGCCCAAGUGGCGCAGGAUGUGUAUCAGUUGUUGUUGGAUAGCAAGGCAAUCCAUGAUCGGGACGACGAGAAGCGCCAGUCGGUGAUGAAUUUGAUGAAAGGACAGGGCAGCGCGAUGAGCCUGCUG